UCGCGCGAUCAUGGGUACUUGGGAAUCUCUCACUCGAAUGAAAAACAUCACUAGCUUUUCGGGAAGAAAAUUCAUUCUUUUUUUUCCUUUUAUUCCACUGAUAAUUACUCUAUCGGCGAACCUUUACUUGGACUGCUUUUCUGCAGCACAGAUUCGGGACCAACUUUGUGUUCUGAGUUCUGUUGUCCUGUUUGGCUUAUUUUGCUUCCUGCUUAAGGAAGUACUUCAAGAGUACUGGUCGCUUGAGAAUGCUUUGGAUGCAUUAUAUGAAGAGUGUAAGGACCUUUUAAAGUACCUACAGUCUCCUUCUACCCAUUGCAACAGCAACAGUUUUGGUGAAGAAACAAUGGCACUACGUAAUAUGUGGCAGCAGGGGGACUACCAUAAACUGCAAGAUAUGUUCCCAGUCACCAGAGAAACCAUCCCUCAAUUUCAUGGAAAACAACAAGUCAGCUUAUUGCAUCAAUUUUCGUCUGUCAGAACUUUAAAAUCUUGA